AACCUCAAAAAACUAGGGCAGGGUUGUGAAUGGAGAUGGACGCUUACGCGGCACUCGAUCCCAAGGCGCUGGAGGAUUGGCCGCAUUUCCAGUGCGCGAUGUGCUUGGAGCUUUGUUUCAAACCUAUCGUCCAAGCGUGCGGCCAUUUCUUUUGCUUCUGGUGCGUCGACUACGCGAUGAAUGGAUCCGGCCCUUCGCGCUGCCCGAUGUGUAGAUGCGAGUACACGCAGUUCCCGAGGAUUUGCGGGCUCCUCCAUCGCUUGCUGGGAGCUGCAUUUCGCGAGGCAUACGAGGAGCGAAGGAAAGAGAUACUAGCUCUUUUUUUGUUCUUGAAGAGAUGGAGAGCGAGAUGGAAUACUUUUCUCCUGAAGAAGUGAUGGAAAAAAGCAUUGAUGGAGCUAUAGAGGCAUCCGACCUGCCUUGCGAGCUCUGCAAGGAGCUGAUAUACCGUCCAGUCGUCUUAAAUUGCGGACACGCGUUUUGUCAAAGCUGUCUGAGGGCCCCAGUCGAAGGUGAAAGUCCCAAGUGCCCGUCUUGCGGUAUGCCACAAAGGAUUUUUCCAGUGCAAGUUUGCCUGGAGCUAAACGAGUACAUACAGAAGACGUUUCCCGCGGAGUAUAAACAAAGAGAAGACAAGCUUAAGGAAGUUGAGACGACGGAAGCCUCGACCCGCGCUUCGAGCUCAACAUGCUCACGCUCAUCAUCAUCAAAGGAUGGUAGCAACAAACAAGCUUGCCAUGUCCACCGGGGUGCAGGUUGUGAUGGCUGUGGGGUCUUGCCAAUUAUCGGUUCAAGAUACAAAUGUAUAGACUGUCCAGAGAAAGUUGGCUACGAUUUGUGUGGAGACUGUUAUCCCACCUCAGCUGCUCCGGUUGGACGAUUCAAUCAGCGCCACACUGCAGAGCAUCGGAUGGAAGAAGUCCGAGAUUGUUUCACAACAUCUGAAAUUUACUCCGCAACGAGCUUGUGAACGGCAAGCUGACAAGGAUGCUAAGUGGACUACUAGAAAGGAGGGAUGCUCUCAUGCCAGCAAAAGGAUGACGAGGCUGCUCUUGUAUCUGGC